ACCGUGCAAAUCCAAUUUUUCCUCUGUAUCUGUGUUUUACACACUGUUCACGUAUUUAUUACAACCAGACUAUAACAAAGUUCCGACGUAUUUGAUUUAAUAAAGUACUAUGCGCGCUCCCGCCAAAGCGCAGCAUCAGCACCACUUUGUCUCGCGCGCGCCCGCCUCUAGCGAGCGACUGUAUCGCCAUCCCGGCCGAAAGAGUUGGAGCCGCGCGAGUUAAAGUUGGCUGAAAUAACGGCUAAACGAUGCUGCACUGUCCGGUGACGCAGAAAGGAUAACGCUUGAUUUAUUCAUCAGAACAGGGGGUCGAGAGCGACUCCGUCUACCGGAGAGGAUGGAUAUCAAAAUUCUUGGCCCAAUCCUUUUAAUCUUUCUCGGCUUUCAGCACUGCUCGACACGGCCAUGCUUAGAUCCGCUGGUGUCUCCGCUGUAUUCCUCUGCUUUUCAUGCAUCAUCAAGAUAUAACUUUCUUUACUCUGCACACUUUGGCAAACUGUACGGGAGCAGUGGCUGGUCUCCUUCCCCUCAGGACAGACAGCCAUGGAUGCAGAUUGACUUUUGGACAAAGUAUCGUAUCAUGGCGAUCGCUACUCAGGGUACCUUCAACUCUUAUGACUGGGUCACGAAAUACAUGGUGCUGUAUGGAGACCGACCCGACACAUGGACUCCAUAUGUCAUGAAAGGAGGCAACAUGACGUUGCCUGGCAACUGGAAUUACUACCAGGUAAAGAGGAACGUCUUUCAUUAUGCGUUCACUGCCAAACAUCUCCGCAUUUAUCCCAUGGGAUGGAAUACUGAAAAUGGAGGCAAGAUUGGCCUUCGACUGGAAGUCUACGGCUGUCCUUACGAUUCGUACGUGAUGCACUUUGAGGGUGAUGAUAUGGUGGCGUAUUCGUUUCCAAAGGGCCAGAUGAGAACGCUUCAGGAUCAUUAUGCUUUGAACUUUAAGACCCUGGAGAAAGACGGCAUUCUUCUGCACAGUGAGGGGCUGCAGGGAGACUCCAUCACUCUAGAGCUAAAAACUGGCCGGCUGUACUUACACAUCAACCUGGGGAGCAGCACAGUCCAUAACACCAAUGGGAUGACCACAAUGAGACUGGGAAACCUGUUGGAUACUCAACACUGGCACUACGUCACCAUCAAACGCUACGGCCGAGAGGUGAACUUCACCCUGGACAGCGAGACCGAGACUGCUAUACUCAACGGAGAGUUUCAGCACCUGGAUCUGGACAAACAGCUUUAUGUUGGCGGGGUGAUUGAGAAAGACUUGCCUCACCUUCCUGGUAAGGUAAACUUCCGUGGGUGUAUGGAGAAUGUCUUCAUCAAUGGCAUUAAUAUCAUCAAGAUGACUCAGUACCAGGAGCCUGAAGUUCGACUAGCUCCUAAAAAGAAAAUGAUGCAUUAUAUCUGCCGUGACCUACUUUGGAAGCCCAUGACCUUUGCGGGACCAAACAACUACCUGCAGCUCCCCGGCUUCUUUCGGAAGAACCGUCUGGCUGUGAAGUUUAAAUUCCGCUCUUGGGACUACACAGGCCUGCUGAUGUUCACCAGGUUUGCUGAUGAUUUGGGCUCUCUGGAGCUGGGGCUCAGUGAAGGACAGGUCAACGUCACUCUCAUGCAGCCUGGAAACAAGAGAAUACGCUUUGCUGCAGGGUAUCGUCUGAAUGACGGCUUCUGGCACACAAUUGACCUUGCCGCCAAAGACAACUUGCUGUCCAUCACAAUUGAUGAAGAUGAGAGCUCCCCACUGAAGAUCACCAACCCCUUCACGGUCCGUACAGGAGACCGCUACUUCUUCGGGGGUUGUCCUAAGACCAAUAACACGGCUCGCUGUGUCACCAAACUAUCCCGCUUUCACGGCUGCAUGCAGCAGAUCUUUAUAGAUGAUGAGCCUGUGGAUAUAGAUGUCAUGCUGCAGAGAAAAUGGGGCAGAUAUGCCGAAAUCCUAGUGGGCACUUGCGGAAUUACAGACAGGUGCACUCCAAACCCAUGUGAACAUGAAGGCAGGUGUAUUCAGUCCUGGAAUGACUUUCUGUGUGUAUGUAACAACACUGGCUAUAAGGGAGAGGUUUGUCAUAACUCGGUCUACAGAGAAUCGUGUGAGGCUUACAGACUGAAUGGGAAAUAUUGGUCAGGAAACUACACCAUAGAUCCAGAUCUGAGUGGACCACUGAAGCCUUUUAAAGUCUUCUGCAACAUGUUGCAAAAAUCAUGGACCGUUAUCGAUCACAACCGUAUGAAAAGCACAAAGGUGAGCGGGUCCACUCUGGAUCGACCGUAUAUUGGGGACCUCCGGUAUGUAAAUGCAUCAUGGGAUGAAGUCACUGCCUUAGCAAACACUUCAUUAUACUGCGAACAGUGGAUUGAAUUCUCAUGCUACAAGUCACGUCUCCUCAACACUCCACAUGGAAGGCCUUACACUUAUUGGAUUGGUCGACAUAAUGAAAGUCAUGAAUAUUGGGGUGGAGCGUUCCCAGAGAGUGGAAAAUGUGGAUGUGCUGUCAAUCAAACCUGCACUGACUCCAAAUACUGGUGCAACUGUGAUGCUGACUACCGCCAAUGGCAUGUAGAUAAAGGAUAUCUGUCAUUCAGAGACCACUUGCCUGUCAGGAGAAUUGUCAUAGGUGACACAAACCGCACAGGUUCAGAAGCCCAAUACAGUGUAGGAGCAUUGUACUGCCAUGGGGACCGGAGUAUCUGGAACACCAUAGGAAUAACCAAACCCCAAUAUCUGACAUUCCCCACUUUCAAACCCGGUACCAGUGCCGACAUCACGUUUCACUUCCGGACCUAUCGCACCAACGGAGUCUUUCUGGAAAACUCAGAUGACCACCUCCGGAAUUUCAUACGAAUAGAACUUAACUCCACAACUUCAGUGAUUUUCAUUUUCAUGGUGGGUGAUGGGAUUCGAAAUGUGACCCUGCACACUCCCAAACCUCUUAAUGAUAAUGAAUGGCACUACGUUGAGGCUGAAAUCAAUGUGAAACUGGCACGCCUUAAAGUAGAUUUCCUGCCUCCGGCCAUACACAAGUUUCCAGGCCAGACCUACAUCACCAUGAAGUUCACACAACCUCUGCUUGUUGGUGCAGCCAAUCACACUUUAAGGCCAUUUUUGGGUUGCAUUCGGGGCCUGCGGAUGAACGGCGUGCCGGUGGAUCUGGAGGGGAAGGUUGAUGAAAAGGCCGGGAUUCGUAGGAACUGCACUGGAGCGUGUCUGAAUGCCUCUAUACCGUGUCGAAACGGAGGCCAGUGCAUUGAUGGAUACGCGGCAUACACCUGCGACUGCAAUAACUCGGCAUUUGAUGGCUAUUAUUGUCAUUUAGAUAUCGGGGCUUUCUUUGACGUGGGGGCGUGGCUACGUUAUGAUAUCCGUAAAGAGCCGAUUUCAUUUGAUGCCUGGUGGGCAAAUUUUUGGAUAGAGCCACACUGGCACAACUUUACCCUUGGCUACAACACAACAACUGAUGACAUAGAGUUCAGUUUCAGCACCCUACAGGCCCCAGCUGUGCUUCUGUACAUCAGCUCAUUCGGCAAUGAUUACAUCGCUGUCCUGCUUAAGAAAGAUGGUACACUAUCACUGAGAUACCGUCUCGGUGUAAUAAACUAUAAAUUUAAGUUGACUGACAGAAACAUGGCUGAUGGCUUUCCUCAUUUUGUCAACAUCACCCGACACAACUACACCGUGUGGACGCAGGUGGAUUACAUGGAUCCAUGGAUUGAAAAGUUAGUACCUGGAGAAAUUCCCAGAUUCGAUUCCCCCAAGUCUAUAUUCUUAGGCAGAGUCAUGGAGGUGGGAGGUGUUGAAUAUGAAAUUCAGAGGCACAACAGUCCUGGUUUCAUGGGCUGUAUAUCAGGAGUCCGCUAUAAUAUCUUUGCCCCUCUGAAGGCUUAUUUCCGACCCAACGUGACAAACCCACCUGUGACUACUCAAGGCUAUGUGGUGGAGUCUAACUGUGGGGCGUUUCCUCCUGUUUUAGGAUACGUACCUUGGGAGGAUGACCCAUGGUUCACAGGGCUGUUCUUCUAUUAUAUUCAUGAUGACGUGACCCCACCCUGGAUGACAUUAAUCGUGACCGUGUCUCUGAUGCUGCUUUUCCUGAUCCUGUACGGCCUCUACAUUUACCUGUACAGGUAUAAAGGCAGUUACCACACGAAUGAACCCAAACAGCUGGAGUCCCCGAGCUCCGAACGGCCUCUCACUGACACCCUGCGUAAGGACAGAAAGAACCUUCCCGAAAUAAUGGAGGAAAGUCCUAAUGAAUAACAUACUGUACAAAUACAAACUACACAGCUAUCUGAAUGUGAGAGGGGUAGUAUUGUGAUAACUUAGGACUGAGUUACAAAUACAUUCUUUUUUUAAUUUAUCUUUUGCCUUUAUGGUAAUGUAUCGCUAUUUAUUUAUAUUCCCCUUAUUUGUACAGUACAAUCUGAUAUAUCUGGUGCUUUAUGGCAGGGUUCAAACAGGGCAGGCUAGAGAGAUAUUUUACAUUUCAGUCUAUAAGCACUGGCAGUGUGUGGGCCAUCUGAAGUGCCUCUGUAACAUUACAGGAAGAUCAAAGAGUUAAGUGCUCAUUUGGGCUCAUUGCUGGCAGAAUUCAGCAAAUGUGCUAGUCAUGUGUUAAUGAGAGAAACUAAACAAAAGGCAAAAAACAUCCUUUAGUUUUGAGCAUUUCAGGAUGUGGAUAUAAUCUAUUCUAACAUCUUUGAAACAUACAUUAAAGUAUAAAGGCACAAUUUCUCAGAAAUGGGUCAUAUUAAAUACAGUUGUGUUCUUGUAUUGUACAGUACAUCUUGUUUACACUGCUUUUUAAAGAUAAAGCCAAAUGACCAUG